AUGUUUGACCAGAAGCAAAUAGCUGCUUCAGAGCUAAAAAUUGUACUGCAAGCUGAUGAAAGGGCAGCCGAUGAUAUUUGGAUUGAAAUGAUAUUAUAUCUCAUGCACCUCUAUGGAUUUCUCUAUGGGCCAAGGCUGCAUAGAUGGUUGAAGCACUUUGACAUUCAUUGCCAGGGAAGCAAGCUAAAUGCCUAUAUAAGUGAGAUUUUUAAUUUUUUUAUUAAUUUAAAAUUAAUUAAAUACUACUAG